UAUUUCCCAUGACGGUUACACUUCCGUUACCAUAUAUGGGCUGGAAACGUGCGUAUGUCGCCAAUAGCGUCAUAAGUCAGUCGUGCCCGUGCCGUCGGUGUUACGGAGAGUUGUAAGCUGCCUUCAGGUACUCCUGGCUGAGCUCAGACGUAAAAGCUAUUUCAACAUCGGCGAUUCUGUGAAGAGCUGGUCAAAGUUUGGGCUCAACAGAGGACAGAUGACUGGUACAGUGUGAUCACACUGCAGCAUGAAGAGUCAUCUCCUGUUGAUGGAGCCCAGAGAUCACCUACGGGCCACACCAGGAGAAGCAGAGCAGUUCUGGGUGGAGGAGUGACAAUCACCACACUUCCAGACAACAUGACACACGUAGUGGAGGAUUCUGGCAAAUACUACACAUGGCGAAGCUUUGGCCCUGAGGAUCGGCGAACCAAGGAACUGUGGGUCGACAUGAGUGAUGUCCGGCACGGCCAAGUCAGAGUGCAUGGGAUUUUGUCCAAUUCAUACAAACAGGCCGUGAGGGUUGUCCUGUCUUUUGGCUUUCCUUUUUACGGACAUUACCUGAGGCAGAUUAUCAUAGCAACAGGAGGGUUUAUCUUUACAGGGGAUCUCACCCACCGUAUGCUGACCACCACACAGUACAUAGCCCCUCUAAUGGCUAAUUUUGACCCCAGCUACUCUAAAGAAUCCACUGUGCAAUACCUGGAUAAUGGAGAAGUGUUUGUGGUCCAGUGGGAGCGGGUCAUACUUCCAGGCAGGGAGUCAGAGGGUGCCUUUACAUUUCAGGCUGCACUUUAUAAAACAGGGGAAAUCACUUUCAGCUACCGAGACAUACCUUUGUCAUUAGAUGAGAUCGCAUCGGCUGAACAUCCAGUGAAGGCCGGUUUGUCUGAUGCCUUCAUGGUCAUGUCACCCUCUUCUCAAUCAACAGAUACAGCUCGUAAAACAAUCUACGAAUACCAUCGAGUCGAGCUAGACAUAAAAAAGAUUACCAGUUAUUCUGCAGUUGAGUUUACACCAUUGCCUACAUGCCUUCAACAUGACAGUUGUGAGAUCUGCCUCUCAUCCAACAAGACAUCUGGCUGCAGUUGGUGUCAUGUUCUCCAGAGGUGUUCAGAUGGCAUGGACAGACACAGACAAGAAUGGCUGGAUUUUAGCUGUUCAGAAGAGAGCAAAGAUGCAACCUGUGAUGAUUACUUCAGGAAUGACAAUUUCACUGGUUCACCAGAGAUAGGUGAUGCCACUUCUUUGACUCCUCUACAAAAAGACUGUAAAAAUUACGAUGAUGCUGUACAUCCCAUAUUCAAGACUGAAAAUGAUGUGAAAACAGAUUCUUCAACCAAGAGAACUGGGAUGUCUAACACAGGUGUGAUAGUUGGUAUAGCAUCUACUCUGGUGCUCCUUUUGGCUCUGCUACUUGUUGCUCUUUGCAUCAACUGCAAUGCCACUGCUGGAUCAUCGCUUUACCUCAUCCAGAGACGCAAGUGCUACUGGCCUUCCUUGAAGUUUCAAAAGCAGCAAACUGGAUACACGGAAGUGGAGGGAGAAGGUCACGAAAAAUACAGCAUCGCUGAAGCUGGGCCAUGCUAAAGUCACAAAUAAAAAGUUAAAUGGCUCAAGAUGUCUGAAAUUAAGCAUAUGUGUUUGAAAUACCAUUUAAAAAGGAUUGCAUAGUUUGAGUUUUGAAUUCAGUGUUCAUGCAUGAGAUUGAAAGGUUGCAUUACUAAACACUUGAGCACAGCCAUUAAUUUUAAAAUUUAACUGGGCCUUCAUGUCAUUGCUGACAUUCUUCAAAAGAUGUGUAAAGGGUGUAGUUUGUUUGUCCAUCAGACAUGUAAAAAUAUGGGUGUAGUGUAAGUCUGGUUCCUGCUAUUUUGUUCUUUAAACAUAAAACACAGUUCCUGGGUUCAGGACAUUAUGUACUAAGGUGCUUUACCUUAAACAUUUUAAAUUGUGUGUUAUUUGAUGUGUUUGGUGUUAACUGAAUUGCAGUGAGAACACUAACUUUUUUUUUUUGCUUUUACUUUCUUAGCAGUGACCUGAAGGUGCAAAACAUAACAUUAGAUUGUUGUGUUUUGCUAUAGUGUUGCAUUAGUUACUUUUUGCUAUUUUUUAUUAUUAUUUUUAUGUUCUCUUUUUUGCUGUGUUACUAAAAUCAAGUUCAAGUAAUUUUAUUGUCAUUAAUGGAAAAUUUGAUGUACAGACAGGUCCUCACAAUGUCAAAACAUAAAACAAUAAAAUCCACUCACACACAUAAAACAUGAUUGUCCACUGAAA